AGUGUUGUUUUGGUCUUGACCUAUCCUACUUACAAGCUCUUUUCUCUCAAACAAGAAAAUGGAAACCGCUAAUCAGAUUGUGUCACUUGGGACAUUCCAAGUGCUUAAAUUACCUUUGGGAUUUAUCCGCGUUCUGGAAUGGCUUUUUGCCAUCUUUGCAUUUGCAACAUGUGGAGGCUACUCUGGGCAACUGCGGGUUAGUGUGGACUGCAUCAACAAGUCCGACAGCAACCUCAGUAUUGGCAUCAACUUUGCUUACCCAUUCAGGUUGAACCGGGUGGAAUUUGACGUGCCGAUGUGUGAGGGAAGGAGGCAAGAGCGGCUUUACCUGAUUGGAGACUUUUCCUCCUCUGCCGAGUUCUUCGUCACCAUUGCUGUAUUUUCCUUUCUGUACUCCCUGCUGGCCACUGUGGUCUACAUCUUUUUCCAGAACAAGUACCGCGAAAACAACCGUGGACCUCUCAUUGACUUCAUAGUGACGGUGGUGUUCUCAUUUAUGUGGCUGGUGAGCUCAUCUGCCUGGGCAAAAGGUCUUUCAGAUGUAAAGGCGGCAACUGAUCCAGAUGAGGUGGUUCUGCUCAUGUCUGCAUGUAAGGUGCAGACCAACAAGUGCAGCUCAGUUUAUGGACCCAGAUGGUCUGGCCUGAACACAUCUGUGGUAUUCGGUUAUUUGAACUUCGUGCUUUGGGCUGGAAACAUCUGGUUUGUGUUUAAAGAGACUGGAUGGCACAAGGGAGGUGCAGCAAGGUACCCUGCCUCAUCCUCAGAAAAACAAGCCACGGCCUUCAACCAGCAGGUCUACAAUCAGGGAAGCUUUGAUCAAUCAGGAGGUGCUUUUACUGGAACAGGGGAUUUCGCCCAAUCAGAGUACAGCCAGGUGGGAAAUUAUGGUGGGCCCAUCUCCUACACCAAUCAGUAACACCCUCUGCCUCUUUGUAAUCCCCUAACACAGGGGACCCAUUUCUAAGGGCAAAGUUCAACACUGAGCACAUGAGAAGAAGGAAAAGAUUAGUUUAACAGAUAGAUUAAAAUGCAUCCUUUAUUUCUGAUCAUAUAAAUAAAUAAAGGCUUGUUUGUCCAGAAUAUUAAUAUGUUUUUUAAAUGAAUGACAGGGAUCCUCAGAUGUAUGGUUUUUGACUUUACCUGUUUACUGAACAAAGGUCAUUACAUCCAAAUGUGAAACUCAGUGCAAUAGUUCUUGCAGAGAACAUUGCAAAUCCAUUGGUUUUAAUGGAGAUGGUGCUCCUGAAGGACAAGGAAAAAUGAAGAGUUUACAAAAGUGACAUUACAUCACUAUGACCAAACGUUUUUAGAGACAGUCCAUUUGUAAUUUAAAUAGUAUUUCUGCUGAACUGACUCUUUCCACAACUUUAAAAUGAUUUUUAUUUGCCAAAUUCGAAUUUGACAAAUAAUUUACUUCCAGAAUGUGACAUAUUUGACAUAAUGGAGCAAUAACGAAUAUGAAGUUGCUAAAACAAUAGCUAUUCAGUCACUGGCUAACACCAUCCACUAUUGAUCAACACAGAAAAGUCAUUUCAGAGGAAGAACAAAUUAUCACAUUUUCAUCAAAGGUUACAAAGACAAACCUUUUCAAACUAUUCUUUUAAAUAACA